GUGUGAUAAAAUAGAACAAUUCAAUAUGGCUUCUCAUGGAUGAUUCUUUCUUUUCAACUGGAAUCUAUUUAAACAAUAUAAACUGUAAAUCAGCUUAUUAUGUCCAACCCUUCGGUCCGUUCCACUAGGCUUAAUGCCAGGAAGCGCCGAAAGAAGGCUAAAUCGAAGCCAGUGCAACGGAAACGACGAAGUGCUGACACAGACAUUCUGGAAGAAGCUCAGGAGAUUCAAGCUGGACCAAGUGGAAGUAACAGCAAUGGUGGCAAAUACAACUUACGUCGAAGACGAGCUACUGAUUUACAAACAAAGGAAGAAAAGAAGGAAACUAAGCCAGUUGUUCCAGUUAAACGAAGACGGAAAUUAGCAGCUGUAAAUCCUGCACUUGUUCCCACUGGUGGUGUGGGAGCCAAAUACCUCCAGGAGGACUUGCCUGAUGAAGUGUUACUGAAGAUAUUCUCCUACCUGCUAGAGCUGGACCUCUGUGUGGCGGCACAGGUGUGUCGUCGCUUCAGGGACAUUGCCAAUGAUCUGGAACUUUGGAAAAACUUAUACCAAGAUGUCUUUGAGUAUGAUAAUCCCUUGCUCAACCCUGAACCUAGAGUCUUCAAGUUCAUUAACCCAACUGAUUCCGAGUUUGAAAACUCCUGGAGAGAAAGCUUUAAACAACUGUAUCGUGGCUUCCAUGUACGACCUGGUUAUGCGUCACUCUACAACCCACGGGGGAAACGGUUAAAAGGAAGAAAUCUCAUGUGUUUUGAAUGUAUAGAGCAGGCAUACAGUUACGUGGACACAGAGGAGGUGGAGAACCCUCUCAUCUUCGUUCACUCCGGUCUGUAUCAGGGGGAGUUCCUCCUCAUCGAUAUCUCAGUGUCAAUCAUUGGAGCCGCUCCGGGGAACGUUAUGGAUCAUGUGAUAAUCGAGCGGGAGAGUGAAUCAACUGUAAUGUUUGUUGAUGGUGCUAAGGGAGCGUAUCUGGGAUACCUCACAUUGAAGUUCACACCUGACAUCACCUCAUCAGUACCCCACCACCGGCAUUACUCACUGGAGAUAGCUGAGAAUUGUACACCCACGGUCGACCACUGUCGCAUCAAGAGCACAUCUGUUGUGGGAGCUGCAGUUUGUGUGUCUGGCUCUGGGUCAGACCCAACAAUCAAACACUGUUUAAUCAAGGACUGUGAGAAUGUUGGCCUCUACAUCACGGACUAUGCCCAGGGUGUUUAUGAGGACAAUGAAAUCAGUGGGAAUGCUCUGGCUGGUAUCUGGGUCAAGAACCAUUCCAACCCCAUCAUGCGCAGAAACCACAUACAUCAUGGGCGGGAUGUCGGAGUCUUUACCUUCGAUAAUGGCUUGGGCUACUUUGAUUCCUGUGAUAUCCACAACAACCGCAUUGCUGGCUUUGAGGUGAAGGCAGGGGCCAACCCCACUGUUGUACGCUGUGAGAUCCAUCAUGGCCAGACUGGGGGCAUCUACGUACAUGAGAAUGGCAGGGGGCAGUUCAUAGAGAACAAAAUACACUCAAACAAUUUUGCUGGAGUGUGGAUCACAUCCAACAGUGAUCCUACAAUAAGAAAAAAUGAAAUCUACAAUGGGCAUCAGGGUGGUGUGUACAUAUUUGGGGAUGGACGAGGGCUUAUAGAACACAACAAUAUUUAUGGCAAUGCUCUGGCUGGUAUCCAGAUUCGAACUAACAGCAACCCAAUUGUAAGACACAACAAGAUUCACCAUGGCCAACAUGGUGGAAUAUAUGUGCAUGAGAAAGGUCAAGGUCUGAUCGAGGAGAAUGAGGUGUAUGCCAACACUUUGGCUGGUGUGUGGAUUACAACAGGUAGUACGCCUGUGCUGCGUCGAAACAGAAUACACAGUGGCAAACAGGUUGGAGUGUACUUCUAUGACAAUGGCCAUGGUGUGUUAGAGGACAAUGAUAUCUUCAACCAUUUGUAUUCUGGAGUACAGAUAAGAACUGGGAGUAACCCAUUGAUCCGCCACAACAAGAUCUGGGGAGGCCAGAAUGGUGGUAUCUUGGUGUACAACAGCGGGCUGGGAAUGAUAGAGAACAACGAGAUCUUUGACAAUGCCAUGGCAGGUAUUUGGAUAAAGACUGACAGCAACCCAGUGCUACGUCACAACAAGAUACAUGAUGGCCGAGAUGGUGGGAUCUGUAUCUUUAAUGGCGGGAAAGGCAUUUUAGAAGAGAAUGACAUCUUCCGCAACGCCCAGGCUGGUGUCCUCAUCAGUACACAGAGCCAUCCUAUCUUGCGAAGGAAUCGUAUCUUUGACGGGCAGGCAGCUGGUGUGGAGAUAACAAACAAUGCCACAGCCACAUUGGAAGAGAACAAGAUCUUUAACAAUAAAUUUGGAGGCCUGUGUCUUGCCAGUGGUGUCAAUCCCAAACUGAAAGACAACAACAUCAGCGGCAACCACAACAUGGUGGAGAAAGCUGUGGGUGCUGGCCAGUGUCUCUACAAGAUCUCCAGCUAUACAAGCUUUCCCAUGCAUGACUUCUACAGAUGUCGGACAUGUAACACAACAGAGAGGAAUGCUAUCUGUGUGAACUGUAUCAAAACCUGCCAUGCUGGUCAUGAAGUAGAGUUUAUACGACACGACCGCUUUUUCUGUGACUGUGGAGCAGGAACCCUGAAUAACCAGUGUCAGCUUCAGGGGGAGCCCACGCAGGACACAGACACUCUCUAUGACUCGGCUGCACCCAUGGAGUCACACACACUGCGAGUCAAUUGAUGUGGGUCCCCUGCUGGGCUGGUUGUCACUUUCCUGCCACUGUGUGGCGGACUGGGUCCCAUUCUUAGGGAGUCGUAUCCAGGGUAGUUCCUUGUAAGCUUGGAAGUCUUCACAAGGAUUGUUGUCAAGAUGAUACCAUGCCUUGAAGAGGUGUGUUCCUUGCCCUAAUCGGCCUUCUGAAGGUUUUGUGGGCAUUACAGUGCAGGAGCACGGUAUGUGACGACAUUGUUGAGGCAGCCGGUGUCUCACAGAGAACAUUGUGAGGUGAUCCUUGGUAUGGCUAAUGGAAGAGAGGGCAUCUACUCUGUCCUAGCUAGAAGCUCAACAUCUCUGACUAUGCAGUCAGAUGUAUCAUUAUAUGAACCUACGCCUAUAUUCAUGGCCUUUUUUAUGAUGUCCAAAACAUAUGCAUCAAAAUCUGCAACCAAAGACUUGUUUUGUAUAUAUAUCUACAAUAUUUAUGCUUGAAUGUGCUGUUUUAUGUUAACGAAUGACUGUACAUACUGAUCUGUAGAGUUUUGUUGUCCCUCUGUUGUGAUGAUACCAAGUCUGUUAAACAUGACCGUUACCUCAGUUCUUCCACACAAUUCAGGCCAGUCGGGGUAGGGUAGGAGGGAGGAGGGAGCACAAAAGGAACAGUGUCGAGGCCAGGAGGCGAGAUGAUACAAUGGGGAUCUCAGAUUGGGGGAGGGAGUAUGAAGAGAUGGCGUUGGGUGGGGUGGGUGCUGGUUGUUGGUCUAAGAUUUUGAGCAAGUAGGUUCGAUUCCAAGUGAAAGAAGUUGGGGGUAGGGGGAGCCAUAGGGUCAGUACAAGAAGAGUGUUUGGAAUUAGGGUGAGGGGGAGCAGAAGCGAUCUGUGGGCAUUGGGUUAUGGGUAUUUACAUCGUGCCAAACAGGCAUGCUAUAUUUACAUGUUAUACUCUGUUAGUUUUGCAGUUUUAUAUGCACAGUUCUGAGGUCUGUUGGAUGGGUUCACCGCCUUAAUGUGUAGCAAUGUUGAUUCAGUGUUCAUUUGGGAAGCAAUUCACACCUCAUAUGAAGAAUGAAAGAUAAUUCGUUUGAAUGAGUGGUGAUACGUAUGAUUAUCAUUUAGACAUGGUUACUAUGGUAAUGAUGUGCAUAUCAGUAUACUCACGCACCGCACUGCCGUAAGCACAGACAAAUCGCUUCGCCAAAGAGGACAAGGAAAUCAAAUUCACCGAAACUCCCUAUCAUUAGCCAUAUGAUGGAUCAGCUCUUCACAAACACAAUGUCCAAACUUGGUGUCAAGAUGGUCCUAACACCACAGGGACACUUCACAUUGGAUAGAGAGGGUGUGAAAAGGGCCGACACCAGUGUGCAUCAUCAAGAGGGUAGACGGAAUAGUGCUAUGACAGAGAAAGGACAAGGUUAAAACAGUGAGGUGCAUCAGUGUUCAGAACCUUUCUACAUUACAGAUGGACUAUUUUAGAUUCAUGAAGGAAAGUAGGGAUGUAUUCUGUCAAAGGUUCUGCUGGCAGUUACAGACUUUGGACUGGUGGGCUUAAUUUUACAAUGUUUGCCAGAAAGUUUGAGAAGUGCCCACUGGAAUGUAGAGAUGUGUUUGUGUGUGCAGGCUACAAGAGGUCAUGUCUACAUGCAUGUCAGUGAAUGGUAGACGCCAUGUGGUCUGACUUUUUCUCUCAAGACGAUGGUGUGUCUGAGUGAUUACAGUCAUGUCUACAUAGGUGCAAGUUGACGCAGAUGUUGGACACCAUCUGGUCUGUUGUCAAGGUGAUGGAUACAGUGUAGUGUUUGCAGGCUACUAGAGUCGCAUCUCCAUGCAUGAGAUACUGAUGUCAUGUGCAUGAUUGAUGUUGUAUAUCUGGCUGUCAUGUGUCUGAUGUCUGAUAUUUCAUGUUGGACCGAUGUCACAUGUGUGAUCUGACUGUUAUGUUUGUUAUUGAUGUCACAGGUAGCAUGACAUGUAGCAUGCUUUACUGACGACACGUCUGAAAACUGAUGACAUCAUACAUGUCCGAUCUGACAGACUGAUAACAUGUCUGGUGUCUGGUGACAUGUGUCUGACUACUGACACGUCUGACUGCCCCAUGUGUGAUGGUUGAUGUCACUCUGUAGCUUGUCAAUGGAACUUGAUCUGAGGUUCAGUACAGUGUUCAGAUUGCUUAGAUCUCGACUGGUUCGUUCUUUUCAGAAACAGAAUAUUAUCACUCUUUUAAAUUCAGCUCAACAGUAUUUCAUUUGUGUUCAUCCAAAUAUAUGAAGCGAAUGUUCUUCAUUAGUCCAGUGCAUUUGGUGUUACAGAGUACAUGGUUAUUAUGUCCAGUUUGUCAAUAGGUGUACUACAGUCAUAUUCCUAGACCAAUUUUUGUGGUGUGUUAGGUAAUGGAGCCAAUCUAUAAUGAAUUGCAUCUAUUGCUUUCUCCAAAUAUCCACAACCAAAGAAUACUUUGAAGUCUUCCAUAAUUCCUAUCAAAUGUAUGUGUUCAGCAGUGUUUGCUUGACUUGGGCCCAUUGAUUUGGGCCAUGUUUCUUUAGGUCACUUUAAUUUGGGCCAUGCAAGCUUGUGUCUGAGAACCUGAUUUGGAACGUGUGUUUGGGCCAUAUGUACCACGUUGAGAAGGUCCUCAUGGUGUCUGUAUGAAUCCCAAUGUUGUACACCGUUUCUAUCGAGCAGCAUGGUUGAUGUGAUUGUGCCCCUUGGUUAGGUCACAGUUAUUGCCUGUUUCAACAUGUCGUAUAAAUAUUUUCUGAUCAGCCGGUCUGAAAACUUUGUAUCAGGGUACUGUUCGUCCUGCAUGGAAGCAAUGCUGUCGAUGAUUGCUUUGAAUCUGUAUUUAGAUAUUUGGAAACUUAUACCAGUGUACAGCCGUACUGGUCUGCUGGGCAUACACAUUUUUAUCAAUGUUUCAAAACAUAUGUAUAUAGAUAUAUAUAUUAUAAAUGUAAAUCAAUAUCAUUAUUAUUUUUGGUGAAAUUAUAUAAAGUUAGUGAUAUAUAAGUAGUUGAUUUGUGAAUUACUUUUCCACAAAACUAUUUCUUCAUAAACAUCUAACUCUUUUGAGCACUUGCUAUAUCACGGUGUAACCUGUUUGAAAUCUAUGUUUUUGCUAAUGCUCUCUUGUUGGUACUACUGUUGAAGGAACGUGUGCAGUGUCUGCUGAUCGCCAUUGUAGGUCAUAAGUAUCAUCUAUCAUCACCUUUUGUAUCCUGUACAAACCUCGUGUAUAUAUGAAUGUACAAAAGAGCUCGGGCCAAGUAUUUAUACGUAGCUUUCUGCUGUUAACCACUAGGCAGGUUACUGGCCAUGUAUGUGCAUCACGUUCACACAGCAGAAACAAUUAUGCAUGCUUGUUUCUACUAUAACUGAUGAAAUUGCUAUGGACAGAAUGAAACUUAAUGUGGAGCUGACCCAGACUGAAAGGACAAAAUUCAAGUAUAAAUUGAAAAAGAUUCUCUCUCCAAAGAAUAAGAGGAUGUUGAGUUUAUGAGAACUGUACUGUUUGUUCUGUUGUAUUAUUUAUAAGUUGCAUAGAAAUAUAAUGAUAUUUCAUUGCAAUUAUACCAAUCUUUAUCCUUUUCGUAUAGUGUAUCCUUUUUUAUCAUUAUUUGUGGAUCAUUAUCACUUUUGGUUCAUCAAGUGUUUGGAACAUUUCUAGGGUCACCAGCAUGUAGUUUUGUUCUGACCAUGACAUGAUGUUUCUAAAGGUUAUUGGCUGCAUGAACUAUUGUGUUUUCAUUUGUGUGUGUGUAUGUGUGUGUGAGAGAGAGAGACUGUUACCUCGUGGUUGUGAGCUGUGCAGAGCAAUGUUACCCGUUGUUAGGUAGUUGAUGUCUGUCGUUACCACUUGUCCAUAAAUCACAUUUUGUCAAAAUACACACAUUAUCAUUUAUCAUGUUUUAUUUCAUACCGAGGAUGGAAGUGAGAUUUUUGCCAAGAAUGGGGAUGUUUAUAUUUAUUAAUUUAUUAAAAGUGACCAUUGUAUUCAUCGAGUUUAGUACUUGCUGGGAACAUGUGGAAUUCAUGAGAAUAUAAAUCUUGGUCCUAAUUAUUCUUUUGAUGAGGUUCCUUAGUUUUACAAAGAUACUUCAAGGUUCACAUGGAUUUUACUUCAAAAUGAUGUAAUGGUUGGACAAGACUGCCCUGAGGUUGGCAAAGACGUCACUGAUAUCCCUAGGUUGUAUGAUGUAAGGGGCUGGGAGAUUGUUUUCUGUGAUAACUAGAUUGUUGUUGCCUAGGAUGGCAGACAUUUGUUGUUCAGUCAAUGCCAUGGUAACAGGGCAAUUUUUUUUUUUUUUUCAUGUGUGCAAGUCUCAUUUACCAGUUUCCUUUUAGACAAUUCUUAAGUCAAAGAAUCUGUAAGUGUUACAUUUCUAUGUUAUAUGUUUGCAUGGAUUAUUUACACAAAGAUACUUACACAAGAGGUGUGGUUUCCUCCAAAAAUCGUCAAAAUUUGUGAUAUUUUUCCCCUAGUACAUUUAUACUUUUCACAAAACUAAGGUGUUGCAUUCAUGUCAAAAGCGGUAUUACAUAUUUUAUACACUGUAGACGUUUCAUCUGCAAGUCCAUUAGCUGCUUUAUCAUCACACAAUCUCAGCAGCUCAGUCUGUUUUGCUUUAUGUCAGGCUUCGGAGUGGAUGGCAGCACAAAAGGUUAUCAAAGUUCGGUUCUCUUCAUUACAGGAAGAGAAAUAUGUGUUGUAUCUUUAGUGGAGUACAUAGAUCUCUCUGUUCUAGUUAUCCUGUUUUUUUUAGCUCAGGACUCGCUGACCUACAUUAUCACUGUUGAAAAUAUUAAAUUCUUAUGCAAUAUAAAGUCAUGAAUAUUUGAGUUAUCACUACGUAGUUGUACUACAUAUUUUCAAUAACUGGGGAAGGUUGUUUCAACUGGCUCUAUUAAUAAGCUUACAGUUAAGGUUUAUAUAUAUUUGCUUUGUUAGUUAUAUUGUUAUGAAGCCAGGUCAGAAAUUGUAUAGCUAUCAGGUUACAUUGCCUGUCUGAAGAGUCUAUAGAUUUUAGAAUCAAUUAAUUUUACCUUCCCAGUUAUGUUGGCCCUCCCUGUGUCUCACCUUCACCCACAUGUUCAUGAAGUCACUGUUUUAAACAUUUUUCAGGUUUGGUUGUUGUACAUGUUGAACUUAUUUUGUUCUGCACUGCCGAUGUUUGUUUUGUGUCUGGCGUUAGUGAUGGACGCUCGUCAUGUUGAGAACAUAUCCCUACUUUAAGAGGAAGACUGUACAACUGCGGCGGUUCUCCCUGUCAGAGUGGUGUCUUGUUUAUACGUCCGUCAAUUAGGAGAGUGUGUGCAGCGUACACCGAUAUAGAUGCAGUGUUUGUCAGAUAAUCUGUCCAUGUCAUCUUAUUACUUCUCUACAAUUGUGCAUUUAACCUUCAUUAUAGUCAUAGCUGCUUGCUUGGGACCGAGUGAUAUGUAGAUUAGGAACCUGUUUCAACAAUUUUGGAGAUUUGUAUACGAUUUCAUCAGGUGUUAAGAACACCAGUCAUGACUUUAAUACCAAACAUAACCUGCAGUGAAAAUAUAUUUCAUUUGAUAAUCAACAUUUAAGAUGGUUCUGAAUUAUUAAGAGCAUAAAUCUGAAAAACUCUCCUGUGUUUCAUCAUCAGUACGAGUCCCAUAUUUCAGUCUUUUCACAAAUACCUCAACUAUUGCCCAGAGUUUUCUCCUGGUUAGUUCUCUGCUUUGAUCUGUGUUAAUUCUGACUCUGUGUGAACAGAGUUGUCCCUUCCUGGUAGGGAUGGGGUUGUACACGUGAUUACCGUCUGAAUGGGUAUGUUACUGUCAGUGUUAUAUGUAUGUCAAACGUUGUCUGGGCAAGGUGUGUUGCUGCUGGUCGUACAGUCCUCAUGUGCAGUACUGCAGCAUUGUUGAAAAUGUCUACAAUAAAUGCAUUUAUGAACAUAAAA